CUCAAGCAGGAAGUGGGUGUAAAGGCGGCUCGAGGCGAGCUGGCUCGCGGGUUGCUGCGGCCACUUUGCCGUGUCGCGGCCGCCAGUGGCGAGAUGGAGGGGCCGGGGCUGGGUUCGCAGUGCAGGAAUCACAGCCAUGGCCCCCACCGUCCAGGAUUUGGUCGACAUGGAAUCUGCGCAUCUGAAAGCAAAGAACUUGCUAAAGCGAGAGAAGCUCUUCCUCUUAUAGAGGACUCUAGUAACUGUGACAUUGUAAAAGCUACCCAAUACGGGAUUUUUGAACGUUGUAAAGAAUUGGUAGAAGCAGGAUAUGAUGUCAGGCAACCAGACAAAGAAAAUGUGUCACUUCUUCAUUGGGCUGCUAUAAACAACAGGCUGGAUCUUGUAAGGUUUUAUAUUUCAAAAGGUGCUGUAGUAGAUCAGUUGGGUGGAGAUUUAAAUUCAACUCCUCUUCACUGGGCCAUCAGACAAGGGCAUUUGCCUAUGGUCAUAUUACUACUACAGUAUGGAGCAGACCCCACUCUCAUUGAUGGGGAGGGCUUCAGCAGCAUCCACCUGGCAGUAUUAUUUCAACACAUGCCCAUUAUAGCAUAUCUCAUCUCCAAAGGACAGAGUGUGAAUAUGACAGAUUUAAAUGGGCAGACACCUCUGAUGUUAUCAGCUCACAAAGUACUUGGACCAGAACCAACUGGAUUUCUUUUAAAGUUUAAUCCUUCUCUCACUGUGGUUGAUAAAAUACACCAGAACACUCCCCUCCACUGGGCAGUUGCAGCAGGAAAUGUUAAUGCGGUCGAUAAACUUUUGGAAGCUGGUUCUAGCCUGGAUAUCCGAAAUGUUAAGGGUGAAACACCUCUUGACAUAGCUUUACAGAAUAAAAAUCGCCUCAUUAUUCACAUGCUAAAAACAGAGGCAAAAAUGAGAGCCAACAAGAAGUUCAGACUUUGGAGGUGGCUGCAGAAAUGUGAGCUCUUCCUGCUGCUGAUGCUUUCUGUGAUUACCAUGUGGGCUGUUGGAAUCAUACUGGACUUCAAUUCAGAUUCUUGGCUUUUAAAAGGAUGUCUUCUAUUAACAUUGUUUUUUCUGACAUCUUUGCUUCCAAGGUUCUUGGUCGGGUAUAAGAGCUUCAUAUACUUACCAACGGUCUUCCUGCUAAGUUCCAUUUUUUGGAUAUUUGUGACUUGGUUCACCUUAUUCUUUCCUCAUCGAGCAGGCAGCCCUUUCUAUUUUGCUUUCCUUCUCAGCAUAAUAGGCUUCCUCUACUUUUUCUACAAGACUUGGGCAACUGAUCCAGGCUUCACUAAAUCUUCUGAAGAAGAAAGGAAAACGAAUAUCAUCACCCUUGCAGAGACUGGCUGUCUGGACUUCAGAACAUUUUGUACAUCAUGUCUUAUAAGGAAGCCUUUAAGGUCACUUCAUUGCCACGUGUGUAACUCCUGUGUCGCUCGAUAUGAUCAGCAUUGUCUGUGGACUGGACGGUGCAUAGGUUUUGGCAACCAUCGCUAUUACAUAUUCUUCUUACUUUUUCUUUCCAUCGUUUGUGACUGGAUUAUAUAUGAAUCUUUCAUCUAUUGGUCAAAUCAUUGUGCCACAACAUUCAGAGAAGAUGGACUAUGGACCUACCUCAAUCAGAUUGUGGCCUGUUCCCCUUGGGUUUUAUAUAUCUUCAUGCUAGCAGCUUUCCAUUUCUCAUGGUCAACAUUUUUAUUAUUAAAUCAACUCUUUCAGAUUGCUUUCCUGGGCCUGACCUCCCACGAGAGAACCAGCCUGCUGAAGCAAAGCAGGCAUAUGAAACAGACAUUAUCCCUCAGGAGGACCCCAUACAACCUUGGGUUCAUGCAGAACCUCGCAGAUUUCUUUCAGUGUGGCUGCUUUGGCUUGGUGAAGCCCUGUGCCGUGGACUGGACGUCACAAUACACCAUGGUCUUCCACCCAGCGAAGGAGAAGGUCCUUCGCUCCGUUUAAGAAAAGCCACCCCAGACUCUCACUCUGACCUACUUGUGUUUAUGUUGAUGCCCUUUGGUCUGCAAGUGAAGUGCUGAUUCAGAGUUCACCUAAAUCCAAAGGAAAAUGCAGGUGGUUUUUUAAAAGCUAUUUGGUAAAAACAGAAGUUCUCAAUAAAGGCAUUACACUUUUGGAUUUAGCAAGAUGGACUGUUCCUGAACAAUCUUGGCAGACAUCUAAAAAAACUUAUAUUUUUCACAAGAAAACACAAGUUACAUUUUUUGGGAGAUAAUAUUCAUUAAUUAUGGAUAAAAUGUGGUAUUUUCAAAUACUUUAUUGGUUGUUUCAAAGUAGUACUAUUCUUUAAACUUGUAAUUUUUGAUAAAUUAUUUGUGUGUUUUAUCUAUAAAUAUGUAAAAAAUAUUUAAAUAGAUGUACCUGUUAUGCUUUCACACUUAAUAAAUUUUUUUUUUUGUAGUUGAGAUUUCCUUUCUGACACUUAACACUUUUAGAAUCUUAAAAUGAGAAAAGGUGUAUAUAGGACAUAAAGAAACUGAUUCACAGUUCCAGGAAUGAGUUGAACUCACUGUUAACACCAGUAAGCAAGAUCUAAUUUAGUUUUCCAUCUUAAAAAACUUAGAAAAUUGAACAGAGGAAGUCUUAAAGAUUAAUUACUGCUUUUACUUAGAAUCCUCAAAUAUUGGACUGAUAUGAUUGUAAUUGCUGAUUUCCCUUAUUCUGGAGGAGAAAUGAAUUCAACUUUAACUCUUGGUUUGUAUAUAAAUGCUCCUGGGCAUGGCCCCUUCCUGCUGAAAACCAUUCCUUAAGGUUCUGUUGCUCUUGGGAUAAAGGCUCUCAUCAUGACCUCCAAUUGAAUUGGAAGUAUUGAAUAAUACGACCUUACUUGGUUUACCAGUCUUAACUCUGGACCACACUUUAUACUCUAACCACAUUGACCUUUCAGUUUUUCAAGGAUCUGUUCUUUCCUCUAUAGAGCCUUUGCAAAUAAGGAAACUAAAGCCUAAAGAAGUUCCUGUGUUCUCCAGGGUCACUUAGAUACUAAAUGGGGUCACCACUCUAGAGCACCAGUCACCUCAAGUACUGUCUGACACAUUGUAUGUGUUCAAUAAACAUUCAAAUUCAUUGAA